AUGGCCUUCCGAGAUGAUCACCACCCAGAUCUUCAGAGGGGAAAAUGCAUUAAACCUGAAAUAUUGAGGGCAAUACAACAAUCAAGACUUGUACUUGUGAUAUACUAUAAAAACUACGCUUCUUCUACUUGGUGCCUGGAAGAAGUUGCUAAGGUUGUGGAGUGCAAGGAUAUCAAUGAAGGAUCAAUGAUACCAAUUUUCUAUGAGGUUGAUCCAUCUGACAUACGGAAACUGAGGGCAAACUUUGGGAUAGGCUUUGCUAAAAUUGAGGAAGCUUAUUUAUGCUACAAGAGAGAUAUAAAGAAAUAUGAGACUGAGUUCAUUCAGCAAAUCAUUGGAGAAGUCGAAAAUAAACUGGGUCCUCGGCUGUUCUAUGUCGUAGGCGGUCUUGUGGGAAUGCAUUCCCACGUUGCAAAUGUAGUUGAAUGUUUAUGCUUGGACGAGAGCGAUGUGCGCAGUAUUGGCAUGUGGGGUAUGGGUGGCGUAGGCAAAACAACUAUUGGACGAGUAGUUUGUGAAAAAAUCCGUGGCCAAUUUAAUGAUGGAUGUUGUUUUCUUGCCAAUGUCAGAGAAAUUUCAAAAAAGAAUGGUAUAGUGUAUAUACAAAACCAGUUUCUUGGUGAUAUUGUCGAAGACGAUAAUUUGAGAAUUGGGGAUGAUCACAGAGGUGCGAACAUGAUAAUAGAACGACUACAACAUAAAAAAGUUCUUGUUAUACUUGAUGACUUGGAUGAAAAGGAGCAGAUGGAAAAAUUAGCAAGAGGUUUUGAUUGGUUUGGAAGUGGAAGUAGGAUCAUUAUAACAACUAGAGAUGAACAUUUGCUUCUCCAAUAUGGAGUAAAUUCCAUAUAUAAGGUGGAUGAACUAUCCUUUGGUGAGGCUCUCCAACUAUUUUGUUUGAAAGCUUUUAGAAGUAACCAUCCUCUAGUAGAGUUCAAUGAGCUCGUGGAGCAGGGAAAUGAGAAACCUUAUGUUAUGGAGGUUCUGGACCAUUGCGGCUUGUAUGCAGAUAUUGGAAUCAAAGUCCUUGUCGAUAAAUUUCUUAUCCAAAUUGUGGGCAAAAAAUUGUGGAUGCAUGACUUGCUACAAGAGAUGGCUUGGGAAAUUCUUCGUCGAGAGUCUCCUGAAGAGCCAGGAGAAUGA